CAAAGCUGUAUGUUUCCUCUGCUCUGUCAGGAUUUCCUAUAAACUGCCCUACCAAUCUCUCAUUGUCUCCGAUCUUGAGAGAUCUCUCCUUCUUUCCGCCAUGGCUCACCUAAUAGAUCUCCAAAACAUUAAUCUCUCAGAUAAUACAGAGAAAAUCAUAGCAGAGUACAUAUGGAUUGGAGGAUCUGGUAUGGAUUUGAGGAGCAAAGCUAGGACUCUUCCAGGACCUGUGAGUGAUCCUGCCAAGCUUCCAAAAUGGAACUAUGAUGGAUCGAGUACAGGCCAAGCUCCUGGGGAUGAUAGUGAAGUGAUUUUGCAUCCUCAGGCCAUCUUUAAGGAUCCUUUUAGGAAAGGCAAUAAUAUUCUGGUUAUAUGUGACUGCUACACUCCGGCGGGAGAGCCUAUUCCAACCAACAAAAGAAACAGUGCUGCAAAAAUUUUUAAUCAUCCUGAUGUAAAGGCUGAAGAGCCAUGGUAUGGAAUUGAACAAGAAUAUACACUCCUUCAGAAAGAUGUUAAGUGGCCACUUGGUUGGCCUGUUGGUGGCUUCCCUGGUCCUCAGGGUCCCUACUAUUGCUCAGUGGGCGCCGAUAAAUCAUUCGGACGCGACAUUGUUGAUGCUCAUUAUAAGGCUUGUCUAUAUGCCGGCGUUAACAUUAGUGGCAUCAAUGGAGAGGUGAUGCCUGGUCAGUGGGAGUUUCAAGUUGGUCCAUGUGUUGGAAUUUCGGCUGGUGAUCAGUUGUGGGUUGCUCGAUAUUUACUUGAGAGAAUUACUGAGAUUGCCGGUGUGGUUCUUACCUUUGAUCCAAAGCCCAUUCAGGGAGACUGGAAUGGAGCUGGUGCUCAUACUAACUAUAGCACCAAGUCAAUGAGGAAUGAAGGAGGCUUCGACGUCAUAAAAAAAGCGAUCGAAAAACUCAGCCUUAAGCAUAAGGAACACAUUUCUGCCUAUGGCGAAGGCAAUGAACGCCGCCUCACAGGGAAGCACGAAACUGCUGAUAUCAACACUUUCUCAUGGGGCGUUGCGAAUCGUGGGGCUUCCGUUCGUGUUGGCCGUGAAACUGAGAAAGAAGGAAAAGGCUAUUUUGAGGAUAGGAGGCCGGCUUCAAAUAUGGAUCCCUACGUUGUUACAUCUAUGAUCGCAGAGACUACCAUACUGUGGAAGCAUAAUUAAGAGAGCAUACAUAUCUCCCAUUAUUUCAUCCAUCUAAUUCAUGUUUUGUGUUCUUUGCAUAUGAACCAAAUCAUUAUCAAUUUGAUUUGGUCUUCAUUAUUGCCUGCUUUAUCUUUCACCAUUUUCCUUCCUGGGAGAGUGGAUUUUUACUUUGCAGCAUUGGUUUUCAUUUGUCAUGCUUCGAAUACUGUUUUCUUAUGGUGGUGUAAUGAAUACUUUUACUGUGGCUAUAA